AUGAAGUAUGUGGACUAUCUACCUGCACACCGUAAGAUAUCUGAUGUUGAUAUUGCACACAUGGAGAGCAUGAGGCAAGUUGGGAUAUCAAUUCCAAAGAUCUAUGAGUCCAUUGCUGCACAGGUGGGAGGUUUUAAUUUGGUUCCGUUUACAAAGCGAGAUAUGUACAAUGAGAUUAGGCGACAAAGGGCGAUGCAGAAUGGUGACGUGAAUGCUGCGUUGAGGGUUUUGGAGGGUGCGGCCCGGACAGACAAGAAAUCGUAUUGGAGGUACGAGGUUGGUGAGGGGCAGCACAUGUGCGAUCUAUUUUGGAGUGAUGGGCGAAGCCAGCAGGAUUAUCAGGUAUUUGGAGAUGUACUAGCAUUCGAUGCAACCUAUGGGUGGAACAAGUACAAUCUCCCAGUUAUUGUUUUUUCUGGGGUUAAUCAUCACAACCAGACCUGUGUGUUUGCAACUGCGAUGGUAUCAUGCGAAUCAAUAACAUCGUAUGUAUGGGUUUUAAGAAAGUUACUAGAAUGCAUGGGGGGUAAAGCACCGACAGCGGUGAUAACUGAUGGCGAUCGAUCAAUGCGCGUAGCUAUUCAGGAAGUGUUUCCAAAUGCUCACCAUCGCUUAUGCGCUUGGCACCUUUUGAAGAAUGCAACGGUUAACGUGUGUAAACCCCGAUUCACAUCGUUGUUUAGACAUUGCAUGCUUGCCGAUAUUGAGGUUGCGGAGUUUGAAUUGCUUUGGGAUGCCAUGCUGGAGGAGUGUGGGGUUAGGGAGUUAGAGUGGGUUAAGGACAUGUACGAGAAGAAGUCUUCCUGGCAACUGCUUAUAUACGGGGUCGGGAGGUUUGUGGAAAGGCGGUACGGCAUACUUGAGUUUGUAACCAAUUUUCAACGAUGUGUGGACUUCCUGAGGGACAAUGAGGAAGAGCUUGACUUCCGAUCAUCGUACGGGACACCGGUCCUUCAAACGCAGUUCCCGGAGUUAGAAAAGUCAGGGGCAAUAAACUUCACACGGGAAAUAUUCUCAAGAUAUCGUGAGUCACUUAAAAGGUGUGUUCGGGUGACCAUAUUGGAGUGCAUCGAACGUGAGGAUAGGUGUGUGUAUGUAACACAGAAGUAUAGAAGACCGAAUUCACGGUGGGAUGUGGUUCAUAUGAAAAGGAAAGAGGAGUUUCUUUGCAGUUGCCUGAGGAUGGAGUCAUUUGGUUUGCCAUGUGUUCACAUUCUGGCAGUUUUUGUUAGGUUAGAUAUUGAUUCCCUUCCUAAGAGUCUUGUGUUGGCGCGGUGGUCCAAAGCAGCGAAGGAAGAUCUUUGCUACGAACCGUUAAGCAGCCGAUAUAGUGAUGCGGGUGUUUUGUAUCGGAGUAGAGUGGGUGCAUUCCUCCAGCACUGCAAGCGGUUAGCAAAAGUAGCAUGUAUUAGGGAGGAGGACUUUAGGCAAUAUUUAGCUAAGGUUAUAGAGGAUACAUGUUGGCUUGAAAAAAAAAAUGGACUAGGAGGUGCAGUUGCUGGGAAUGGAGCUGGCAAUAGUGGGGGAGGGGUUAGGGAUCCUAUUAGUGUCAGGACGAAAGGCACAGGACGUGGUAAUGAACCUCUUGGGUCUAGGGGUAUCAAGCGGCGUAAGUGCAGCACAUGCGGUUGUGUUGGUCAUCGAAGGACCCGCUGUCCCAAUGCUCCACCGACAUCAGCACCGUCAACCCAGGACGAGGGUGCAAACAUGUUAUCACAAACUAUUAACGUGCAUGGGUUGCUAAUGGUGCAAGUAUGUGUUAUUGGUCAUGCUGAUGUGUUGGGAUGCAUAUCAAAUGUGCUAGACAUUUUGGAGUCAUCUUUUAAGGGUACUGUUUCAGCACAAGUUCAUGAUUUGCAUAAUCUCCAAGAGAGCGUGUUAAAGACAAAGCAGGAAGCUUGUAGCGUUCUUCCUGAAAUUUCUGGUGCAGCAUCACACCCUAAAAUUACUGAAGUACUGUUAGAGAGGAAUAGCACUGAUACAGCUCUGAUGAUUUUAAGGUGGGCUGGUGGUGUUGGUGUGCCUCAUAAUAUUUCACUUAGAGAUGCUGUGACUGCAGUGCGGGCAAGGAUCGAGUGUGGACUUCUGACUGAAGCAUUUAUGCAUCACAGGAAUCUCUGCACAAGAGUGAAAGAAAAGAGCUUCAAUAAAGGAUCACCUCUAGAGACUGCUGAUGUACCAAAAGGGCAACUUAGUUAUUGGGUGGAGGUCUUGGUAACCGAGAUUUGUUGCUUGUGUAUAAGGAGGAACUUAGCGAAUGGAAUGCUAGAAUUGCCAUAG